AUGCUGAAGGUCAUCACUGGUUAUCUAUUGGCAGGAUCUAUUAUUGGACCUGGGGGCUUCAGUUUCGUAACUGAAAUGGUGCAGGUUGAGACAGUGGCUCAAUUUGGUGUAAUUUUUCUCUUAUUUGCUCUGGGCUUGGAGUUCUCUGCAGCCAAGUUGCGCGUGGUUCGGGCUGUGGCUAUUUUGGGGGGCGUAUCCCUAAUUUUCCUGUUCAUGUUUCUCCGUGGAGUAACUGCAUCUGACUGUACUGUGGGUUUGCUCUUUGCUUUCUUACCAGUACUUGGUGGUACCUCCGUUGUUCUUCAGGGUGUUAUUUCCAUGUCAAAAUCGUUACUCACUUUGAUCUCCUUCUUGUCCAUUUUGUGGAUAUUGACUCGAACUCUUGUACCACGGUUCCUUAAGUUGAUGAUAAGUCUUUCCUCUCAAACAAAUGAUCAACUGGCAUACGUGGCUUUCUGCUUGCUUGUGGCCUGGUGUAGCGAUAAGCUUGGUCUAAGUCUUGAACUUGGAUCCUUUGCUGCUGGAGUUAUGAUUUCAACUACUGAUCUUGCUCAGCAUACACUUGAACAGAUUGAGCCUAUACGAAACUUCUUUGCUGCUCUUUUUCUCGCAAGCAUUGGGAUGCUGAUUCAUGUUCAUUUUCUCUGGAAUCAUGUUGAUAUCUUGCUGGCAGCUGUCAUAUUAGUGAUUAUCAUAAAAACUAUCGUGGUUGCUAUAGUAGUCAAAGCAUUUGGUUACAAUAACAAAACUUCGCUUCUUGUUGGGAUGUCCUUGGCGCAAAUUGGAGAAUUUGCUUUUGUUCUUCUUAGCCGUGCUUCUAAUUUGCAUCUUGUUGGGGGAAAAGUUUAUUUACUGUUGCUUGGCACAACAGCUCUGAGUUUGGUGACGACGCCUUUACUUUUCAAGUUGAUACCUGCUGUUGUUCAUCUUGGAGUGUUGUUACGAUGGUUUACUCCAGACAGCUCUAGUGAGGAUAAAUAUCUCCAGAAGUUGCACUUUUUCAAAAGUGGGAUCCCUUUGCCCGAGUUUAGGGAGAUACAUAAUUUUGAAAGUGCUAAGAGGGCUGGAGAGUUGUAUGGUUAUCCAUUGAUGAUCAAAAGCAAAAGGCUUGCCUAUGAUGGGCGUGGCAAUGCUGUUGCUAAGUCUGACGAAGAUAUUCCUUCAGCAGUCACUGUUAUAUUCGAAGAUGGGACCAAGGGCAAGUCAGCGGUGGAGGUAUACCCGGAACUGUCUUGCAAGGAUAGAGGUGGAGAAGCAGAGGUGUUGGAUAGCACAUGAGUCUCAUGACCAAGGGAUUGUUGUGAAAGUAUAACAAGAUCAAGAGGACACCAAUCAUGAACAGACGGUAGUGCAGAUGACGGAGCACUAUGAGAAAAAGAAUAUUUAUUUUCAACAAAUUUAACAUGUCUAGAAACAUAUAUUUUUGAGAUGCAAUAUCUAAGCUGUAGUAAGCACUUUGAGACGAGGAAUAACCCACAAAAGCACACGCAAUGGAUUUAGGAUCCAACUUAUGUUUAACAUACAGUUUCAACCAAGGAUAACAUAAAC